AUGACCGGCGACGCAGAGUCCUCAAACAAAAAGAAUGAUGCACCGGAUCCGAACUCACCGUUCUACAUCCAUGCAUCCGAUUACCCAAAACAGAUGCACGUCAACGACAAUCUCACCGACAGCAAUUUUGCAGAUUGGUCGCAAGAGAUGAUGAAUUUUCUCUUUGCCAAAAACAAGGUAGGCUUCGUUGAUGGCACCAUCGAGAAACCCGAAAAGACACAUGCCAACUACAUGUUGUGGAUGCGUUGUGAUGCUAUAGUGAAGGGCUGGCUCACCACGGCAAUAGAAAGAGACAUCAGAGGAAGCGUAAAGUACGCUAAUACCGCUUCAGAAAUUUGGGCGGACCUUCAAGAACGAUUCGGAAAGGAGAAUGCUCCUCGUGCCUACAAGCUCAAGCAAACGCUGGCAUCUACCCACCAGAAGGGGGCAUCCAUGUCAACAUACUACACCAAGCUCCGAGCCAUAUAG